AUGUUAAGUUGCUUUAACAAGGCUUAUCUUAAAAAUACAAGAGAAAUUAGUAAGGAUUAUUUAUUAUUUAUCCUUAUGAAAAAAAGUAAUUUUAGUUAUAUAAGAAAUACAAACACAAAUACUAAAAAAAUAAAUGAAGAAUAUAAAAAUAUACAACGUGUCAUUCCUUUAAAUGAAAAUGAAUUAUUAAAGAUAAGAAAUAUACUAAUUAAAAUAACAAAUGAAAAACAUAUUUUUCACAAAAUUGUUCAUUUCUAUAAUAUUCCAUCGUUUUUUAUAUUAGAUAAUGAUGUUAGAAACCACUUUUUGAAUUAUCUUAAAGAAGAUUUAACAUAUGCCUAUGAACUAAGAGAAUUUAUAAUGAAUAAAUAUGAUGAUAGUAAAGAAGAAGUUGUAGAUUUAAAAAAGAAAAAAAUUGAAUUAAAGAAUGAAAAAGUAGAUGAUAUUAAAAAAGAAUUAGAAAAUAAAAUGAAUGACAUAAAAGAUAGAAAAUAUGAAAAAAUUAUAAAUAUUUUACAAACUUUUAUAAAAAAAUAUUAUUACAGACAAUGGAUUUUUUAUGAACAAAUAAAAAAAUUAUGUGAUUUUACAGAAAUGAAUGAAUUUAUAAAAAAUAGAAAAAACAAAAAUAAAUCUAGAAAAUUAUAUUUAUAUGUUGGACCAACGAAUAGUGGAAAAACACAUGAAGCAUUUAAGAAAUUAGCUGAAUCAAAAAACGGAUUAUAUUGCGCACCUUUAAGAUUAUUAGCAUGGGAAAUACAUAAUAAAUUAAUAGAAUUAGAUAAAGUUACAAAUUUAUUAACAGGACAGGAAGUAAUUAAAAAGGAUAAUAAUACACAUACUAUAUGCACAAUUGAAAUGACUCCAUUAAAUAGAAAUUAUGAUUGUGCAAUUAUUGACGAAAUUCAAAUGAUUAAUAAUGGUAUUAGAGGGCACGCAUGGACCAAUGUACUUAUAAACUUAAAUUGUGAAGAAAUAUACUUAUGUGGUAGUGAAAAUGUUCUACACUUAAUUAAGAAUUUAUCUGAUAUUCUAAAUGAUCAAUUAGUUAUAAAGAGAUUCAAAAGAUUAUCAAAAUUAGAACUACAAGAAAAAACUGAAAAUUUAGAAAAUGUUAAAACUGGAGAUUGUAUAAUAACUUUUUCAAGAAGUAACAUAAUGUUAUUAAAAAGAAGACUAGAAAAAUUAAAUAAAAGAGUUUUUGUUAUAUAUGGGAAUUUGCCUCCUGAAUCAAAAAAAAAACAAAUAGAGUUAUUUAACUAUUAUUGUCAAAUAAACAAAGAAAGUAAUGAAUACAGUAAUAAUAAUUUGAAUAAUAACAUAAAAAAUGCUGAUAUGAAUGAUGAAAAUAUAGAAAAAGAAACAGUUUUAAUUGCUACUGAUGUUAUAGGUAUGGGGUUAAAUACUCUUAUAAAAAGAAUAAUUUUUUAUUCUUUGAAAAAAUAUGAUGGAGAUAUUUUGAGAUACUUAUACAUUUCAGAAAUUCUGCAAAUAUCGGGAAGAGCAGGAAGGUUUCAAGAAAAUUGUGAAAAUAAUAUAAUUGGAUAUAUCACAUGUAUUCAUUUAGAUGAUUUAAAUAUUUUAAAAACUCUUUUUAAAAGUAAAAAUAUAAAUAAUUUUAUUAGUAAUGAUAUAGAAAAUUCUAUAUUGAAUAUUAAUGCAAAUGAUAAUUCAAGUAACUUGGAUUGUAAUACAAUGAACUUUUGCAGCAAUACAUAUAGAUGUGAAGGAGGUGAUUUUAGUGUAAAUGAUCGUAAUACGAAUACUGUAAAUGAUAGUGCUAGUUUAUUAAAUUCUAAAGGAAAUUCUGAGAAUCUUGAAAUUUUUUUAAAAGAAAAUGAGUGCAAUUCAUAUCCUCGUGCAGGAUAUUUUCCAGAUUUUAAUACGAUUGAUAAUUUAGGAAAAAUAUUAGAGUUUGAACACAAUGCAAAAAUAAAAUUAUAUGAAAUUUUGCAAGUAUUGAUUGAUUAUUUAAAAUUAAACGAAAGAUAUUUUUUUUUAACAAAAAAUUAUAACCAAAUGAUAUUCAUUGCCAAACUUUUAGAAAGCAUUAACUUAGAUAAACAUAUAUUAUUCAUAUAUACAUUAUCACCAAUUAAUAUUAGUAAUGUAGUUAUUUUAAAUAUUUUGAAAGUAUUUUGUAUGUGUCAUAGCUUAUUAGGUUAUGUUGAUUUUUUUCAAUGUAUAAAUAAAAAUUUAUUGCAUACUUUAAAUGCAAAAGAUAAUUUUAAAAGCUUAUCUAAUAAUUCUGAACAUGAGGAAAAGAAUCAAUUCUUUCAAAAUGAUAGAAAUACAGAAAAUUAUUUUAAAACAAUAUCCGAUGAAUAUAGUAAAUGUACAAACUCUAAUAAUUGUAAUAACUAUAUAUUUAAUAAUAAUAUUAUAUUAAAUGCUUUAAGUGAAAAUAAAAUAAUAAAAAAAGACUUACAAAAUGAAAAUAUUAAUAAUAAUAUAAGUUUUGAUGAAUAUAUUCAAAUAUUAGAAGUAUAUUAUGAAAUAAUUGAUUUAUAUUGCUGGUUAAAUACUAAAUUUCCUGACAUUUAUAAAAACAUAGAUUUAGUAAAUGACGAAAAAAAAAAAGUUUCCACAGAAAUUAUUAAUAUGUUAACACAACCGUUAAAUGAAAAUGAAACAUGUGUUAAUAAAAGUAUACAUUUAAAAAAAUUUGAUACAUAUUAUGUAGGACAUUAA